GGCGCAAGGUCUAAAAGAUAUCACCUACGAGCUUGUCUUGAGUUUCGGUUGUCAUAAUCGCCCUUUGGUGUUUGAAUACUGUCAUCUAGUAACAUCCAACACAACUGUCCCCUCUCGGAAGGCUUCAAAUCCCAGUUAUAGACACGAACCUACGCCCGGAGAGUCUGGCUGUAACCUCUUACCAUAAUGAAGGCCUCCACGCUCCUCCCUUUCGCGAUUUUGGCCCGCCAUGCUAUGUCGCAAAUGUUGGGAUACGAUCCUCGCAGCGCCGCAGACUGCGUGAUGUGGGCUGACAUCGAAGACGCCUCGGUAGACACAUGUGAAAAGACGCUGCGAGAGUGGAAGGCCGAGCCCAAACGCUUCCACGCCUGGAAUCCAUCCGUAGGACUCGACUGCAAACCUUGGCGCAAUCAAACAAGCUACUGCGUCCUGACCCAGGAGACAAUAGACAACUCUGUUAACUACACGACAAGCACCGUCACAAACAAAUAUUACACUGCCACGUUCGCGCUGCCCAGUUACACAACGGAUAGCGAUGGCUGGACAAUACCAGUCACCAAGAGCGACGCAGUGACCCGGGCUUACACCACAAUUCCCCCUGUACCUUCAGUCAGCACGUGGAAGUACACAGGUUGUUACAUUGAUCUUUGGAACGACAACCUCGACAAUGGCGGCAAUGCCACCUGGAACCUGGAUUACCGCUUCAUCCCCCGUGAUCCCGCAGAGACAGUGGAUAAGUGCAAGCAGAAGUGCUGGGAGAUUCGAUACAGGGUGGCUGGUCUCAAGUUAGGCAACGAGUGCUUCUGUGGCAACAGGAACAACGCAACGUUGGCGGAGGACCAGAACGAAUGCGAUAUACCGUGUGUUGGUGAUGCGAAUGUGAAGUGUGGAGGCACCCAGCGUAUGAACGUUUGGGCAGCUGACGAAGCAUCGACUGGAGGCACGCUGACUACUGCGUCUAGAAGUGGUGCGUCUGCAACGAGGACGGGUGCGGGUGCAGCGACUGAGACCGCGACUUCUGGCGCACGACGCAACGCGGCACUGUUUUGGAUGUAGACGACGUUGUUCAGUCGGUAUAGAUAUCUCGUAGGAAGUCAGUAAAACAAAUACCAAGGUGCUAC